AUGGGUCGUCUUGUGGAUCAACCAGCAAACUCAGUCGUCCAUGUUGCAUUUGGGAGCUUCACAGUUUUUGACCAGAUCCAGUUCCAAGAAUUAGCUUUGGGGCUUGAACUCACCAACAGACCAUUCUUAUGGGUUGUGCUUCCAGAUAUAACUGACGAGAAUAAUGAUGCUUACCUAAAAAGGUUCAAAGAAAGAGCAGCAACUCGUGGGCGAAUGGUAGGUUGGGCACCUCAGCAGAAGGUCUUGGGACAUCCUUCUGUUGCUUGCUUUUUAAGCCAUUGUGGCUGGAACUCUACCAUGGAAGGCCUAAGCAAUGGAAUCCCUCUCCCAUGCUGGCCAUACUUUGCUGACCAGUUUUUUAACCAAAGUUACAUUUGUGAUGUUUGGAAAGUUGGAUUGGGGUUUAACUGUGAUGAAAAUGGGAUCGUCAAACAAGGAGAAAUUAAGGACAAGGUGGAGCAACUGUUCAGUGACAAGACAUUUAAAGCAAGGUCUUUGGAUCUGAAGGAAGUGGUUUCAAAAAGUGCCAAAGAAAGUGGAUGCUCUCACAAUAACUUUAACAAUUUUAUUGAAUGGAUGAAGGCAUAG